AUGACUGCUUGGACUACACUACCCCGGUCGUGGAAGUUGGAGGAUGUUCAAGCAGUCUUGAAUGUCAUUAUCACAGCCUUUAGUGGCAUCACCAUAUUUGUAUUCACACGCUGCUACUGGUCGUUCUGGGCACGAUUUGCUGCAAAAGGAAGGGCUGUGCCAGUAUCGUCACUCCUCUCAUUGAAUACACCUGGCGAGGCUGCCGACAUCCUCUUACUAUUAAAAUCUCAUGUGUUCCAACAUUGGAAUAUUGUUGCUCAAAGUCUUGUUGUCAUUGCUCUGUCGAUCACAACCCUCCUGUCUGGUCCGAUUGCGAAGUACUCGACAAAACUAACCCACGUCGUGGUCCAGACGGAGGUCAACGGGCUUCUUGCUGGCAGAACAGAUAACGGUAUUCAUGACUCCCAGGUGGCUUGGAACCAGACCCAGACAAGUCUCGACCGCGCAGGCUUCCCCAUUGACGAACUCUUGGACUAUCUCCCAGACACCUCGGAUUUGUGGGUCUACCGUCCGGAUGAAUGGAAUAAUAGUUGGAGUAUGACUUGCGAGUCCGUCGAGUCAAAGCCUGUCAGUCUGUAUCUCACAUCGGACUGUGACACGCUCACCGGGAAGUUUGGUGGUGCAAUAGAAGGUGAAAUCUUUCCAGCAUUUCUGCGCAGUGGAUACGGCUAUUACGACAGCCCAGACUUCUAUACCAGUGCAACGUUGAUUAAGGACCUCCUCAUUUGUAUGUACGCGGCAAAGUACUCAGACUGGGACGAAGCGGGCGGCCCAUUCGGCAUAUACCGCACUGACCCAACAUGGAUCGCAUUCCCCGACAUUGAAGAUGUUUUCAACAUUCCUACCUCAAUAUUAGGCAACUACUUCACACGCUUCAAGCAAGAGUCAAUGGCAAAAGAUGAGAUUUCCGUCAUUACGCCAAGAGAUCUGCAACGGUUCUAUCAGACGUCCAUCGUCACCAAAGACACUCAACUCAAGCGGCCGGUCAAACGCAAGAUGAGCGUUAGAGUUGUUGCCGUACAACUGUCCACCGGAUUCAUUGCGGUCUUUAGCAUUCUUGCCGGCUUCAUCUGCCUUGGGGUGGCAGCGUACGUUCUCCUCCUUUUCAGACAUCAAGGAUCCAUGAACUCUCUGCCGCAGUCAAGGCUUGAUUGGCUACUCAAAUGCAUCAUAUCAAGGUCUCCGAAACCCAGCGGCACAGACAGUCGAGGGCCAAUGCUGUCAGCAGUCGCCGAGGCCGGGGCUGGGGCUGUGAUACCCUUGCAGGUGACAGCAGACAAGAAACGUGCCCAGUUUGAGGGUGCUGUUUAUGGCACAACGUGGACUGGAGAUGUGCCUCACUCACCUGGUGUCCACGCGUUAUCUUCCGACUUCCCGGACAAGUUAGUCACAGAUUCUGGGAUGCCAGAAGCGCAACAAAACGGACUGGGCUGA